GCAUCAGGGUCUGUGAUUGGCUGAAAGUUCCCCGCGAAAAUGACGUAACAGACAAUUUCGCGCCACAUCUGUUGCUGUCGGACGCCUGUACAAGAAGAGAUCUCCCACCAACCAUGUCUUCCCCUGCUUCAACACCUGGUGGCCGCAAGCGUGGAAGGAAUGCCAACCCUGCCACACCAAGCAGUGAGGGUCCCAUCUCGCCUCCUUCCCAGAGGCGCCGAGGCCAAGACUCCUCUGGUGGCGACCUGAUGCCGAUGCCGACAUCCCCAGCCACGGACGUUCUCAGUCCGGCUGCCCCUCAGGACACCUCUCUGCUCUCCAGCCCGAGACCAUCAGUUAUGCCAAAUGAAGCGGAUAUAAGUUCCCCUCUGGGUUACUGGACCCCGAGCUCCAGGGUUGAAGGGACCCCGAGCUCUAGGGUUGAAGGGACGCCGCGCAGUGGCGUGCGUGGCACACCGGCCAGACAGCGCCCUGAUCUGGGGUCAGUCAGGAAGGCUCCCCAGGUGGAUCUUCAGUCGGAUCAGCCAAGCACAGACGGUGCAGUAGCCAGCGAACCCAAUGCAGGCCACAGGCUGGUGAUCUGGGGGACUGACGUCAACGUUGGAACCUGCAAGGAGAAGUUCCAGAGGUUUCUGCAGAGGUUCAUUGACCCGACCUCCACUGAGGAUGAGAACGCUGGUCUGGAUCUAAACGAGCCGCUAUACAUGCAGAAGCUGGAAGAGAUCAGUGUUGUUGGUGAUCCCGUCCUGAAUGUGAACUGUCGACAUGUGCAGUCAUUUGAUGCAGAGCUGUACAGACAGCUCAUCUGCUAUCCACAGGAAGUCAUCCCGACCUUCGACAUGGCGGUCAAUGAGCUUUUCUUUGAGCGUUUCCCCGACUCCGUCCUGGAGUACCAGAUCCAGGUCCGCCCUUACAACGCCCUGAAGACCCGAAACAUGAGGAACCUCAACCCAGAAGACAUCGAUCAGCUGAUUACCAUCAGCGGCAUGGUGAUCCGCACCUCGCAGCUCAUCCCCGAGAUGCAGGAGGCGUUCUUCCAGUGCCAGGUGUGCGCCUUCAGCGCCCGGGCGGAGGUGGAUCGCGGCCGGAUCGCCGAGCCAGCCGCGUGUCGCCACUGCAACACCACCCACAGCAUGGCGCUCGUUCACAAUCGCUCACUCUUUUCAGACAAACAGAUGAUCAAAAUCCAAGAGUCCCCCGAAGACAUGCCUGCAGGCCAGACGCCGCACACGACUAUUGUGUACGCUCACAACGACCUGGUGGACAAGGUCCAGCCGGGAGACCGAGUGAACAUCACGGGCAUCUACAGAGCGGUCCCGAUGCGCGUUAACCCCCGUCAAAGCAACGUGAAGUCGGUCUACAAAACUCACAUAGACGCCAUCCACUUCCGCAAGACGGAUGAAAAGCGCCUGCACGGUUUGGACGAAGAGGCCGAGCAGAAGCUGUUCACCGAAGACCGCGUGCAGACCCUGAAGGAGCUGGCGGCCAAGCCCGACGUUUACGAGCGCCUCGCCUCUGCCCUGGCGCCGAGCAUCUACGAACACGAGGACAUCAAGAAGGGCAUCCUGCUGCAGCUGUUCGGCGGCACCCGCAAAGACUUCAGUCAGACGGGCCGGGGCCACUUCCGGGCCGAUGUCAACAUCCUCCUCUGCGGAGAUCCCGGCACCAGCAAGUCUCAGCUGCUCCAGUAYGUCUACAACCUGGUGCCCCGCGGCCAGUACACGUCGGGGAAGGGCUCCAGCGCCGUGGGUCUCACCGCCUACGUGAUGAAGGAUCCGGAGACCAGGCAGCUGGUCCUGCAGACGGGCGCCCUGGUGCUGAGCGACAACGGCAUCUGCUGCAUUGACGAAUUUGACAAGAUGAGCGACAACACGCGCUCGGUGCUGCACGAGGUCAUGGAGCAGCAGACCCUCUCCAUCGCCAAGGCGGGAAUCAUCUGCCAGCUGAACGCCCGCACCGCUGUGCUGGCCGCUGCGAACCCCGUGGAGUCUCAGUGGAACCCGAAAAAAACGACGAUCGAGAACAUCCAACUGCCCCACACGCUGCUGUCCAGAUUCGACCUGAUUUUCCUGAUGCUGGAUCCCCAAGACGAGGCUUACGACCGCAGGCUGGCUCACCACCUGGUGUCCCUUUACUACCAGAGCGAGGAGCAGAUGGAGGAAGAGUUCCUCGACAUGGCCGUGUUAAAGGACUACAUCGCAUACGCGCGGACGUACAUUAAUCCGAGACUGAGCGAGGAGGCCAGCCAGGCCCUCAUCGAGGCAUAUGUGGACAUGAGGAAGAUCGGCAGCGGUCAUGGGAUGGUGUCCGCCUACCCCAGGCAGCUGGAGUCCCUGAUCCGCUUGGCGGAGGCGCACGCCAAGGUCCGCUUCUCCGAGAAGGUGGAGACCAUCGACGUGGAGGAGGCCAAGCGGCUGCACAGAGAGGCCCUCAAACAGUCGGCCACCGACCCCAGGACCGGAUUUGUCGACAUCUCAAUUCUGACGACGGGUAUGAGCGCUACGGCGCGCAAACGUAAGGAGGAGGUGGCCCAGGCACUGAAGAAGCUGAUCGAGACCAAAGGAAAGACGCCGGCCAUGAAGUACCAACAGCUCCUCGAUGACCUCAGGGGACAGUCUGAAACCGCGAUCACCAAGGAGCUGUUCGACGAGGCGCUGCGAGCCUUGGCCGACGACGAUUACCUGACUGUCACCGGGAAAACCGUCCGCCUGCUCGCCUGAGGUCGCACGCCGCGAUUUCAAACCCUGUUUUGAUGUCUUUUUGUACAAAGUAAGAAAAGUUUGAGUAAAAACAGCCAUUUAUCAUUCUGAUAUUUAAAAAUGUGGUCAGAAUUAAACCAGUGACUCUGAAGGGUUCGGGUCAGUUUUUGUGUAGAAAACAUGGCGUGGAGUGGAGGGCUUGUAAACAAACUCAUACACAGGCUGAUGUAGUAAUAUUAAAAAUAUAUAUUUUGUUUGUUAUAAAUUUUGACAAACUUUUCUUUUUUCAUUCUCUGGUGUAUGAUGUUUAGUUCAAAUGUAGCUUGCUUCAACGUGUGUUAAUAGAAGAAAAAUAAAAUGUCGCACAUAAAAACUGUUUGUUUUUUUAAUUUUAUUUUAGUUUUGCAGUCAGUGUCUCAUAACAUUUCUGGACUUUAGUAUGUUUUGCAUAAUUUCCAAUAAAGGAUAAUCAAAUUUU